AGAUUAUAGCAGACAUUUAUGAACCUCAGGGAAUUGCAUUUGUGGACGCCCUAUGGUACAUUCAUCACCAAUGAACUGCUCCCCCUAGUGGAGAAAACUGUCACUGACAAGAAGGCCCAUGUGUCCUUCUCUCCAACGUUGGAUCAACAGAGGAAAUGCACUGAGUGUGACGGGACACUCAUCGAUGGAGAUUUCUUCAUUAAGUAUGAUGUCAACCGUGCUCAUGACAUCGGCGAUAUCCAGGUCAAAUGUCAAUAGGAUGAUAAAGACAUGCC